UUCUGCAAGUUUCUAGAUGGCUCUCUAAAGCAUUUGCCAGAAGGUGGCGACAAAAGUCCUGAUUGCCCAGACCUGUCCCAGGUGCUGAUCCCAGUUUCGAAGCCCUAGAGAAACUGGUCAGCGAUCGCCAAGUUCUCCCUAAAGGUUUGCAAGCUCUGGUAAGAAAAGCAAAGGGCCAUUAAAAAACAAAACAAAACAAAACAACAACCCGACCUCAUUUACAACACAAAGGCAAACUAUUCCCUUCUCUAAAUUCACUUGCCACAAAGCUAUGGGAGGGAGAUGGCAAUGUUCACUGAAAUUAAAAAGGCAAUGGUGAGGGAAAGGCAGGUUUGUGUGUGUGUGUGAGUGUGUGUGGAAUACAUACCGAAUUGAUUUUUUCUUUCACUUUGAGAUGCAGCUGUUUACCUGUCCUUUGACACACCCUUUAUAAUUGCUUUCUCCCCCAGUUUCUCAAGGUUAAAAAAAGUCACAGGCAAUAUCCUCCCCAAAAGAGUCGGCCUGUAUUGUGAGAUGAUAAACGGGGGUGGUUUUUAAAAAGCUAAGACACAUUCCAUCUUCUUUCCAUCAAUUAGUAAUAAUAAUUUACAGACUGACCAGGGCUGUCCAUCUCCCCAUUCGGGCUCCGUGUGCCUCCUUUUCUCAUUUCCUAUUGCCACUCCGUGAUGCUGACUCUCCUUAAGAAUCGGACAGAAAUACGAAGCAGCGGGUAAUUAGAUUUUUCUCCCCUCAAUUUUGGCUGGGUGGGAGGCGGAGUUAUUUAUUGUAAUGUUGGUCUGACCGGCGGAUCCGCUGUGUGUAAGCGAAUUCUGAGUCUCUUGUCGACAAAAAGGGAAUUGAACGCAAAGAGGCUGAGCUAGAGGGAGAGGAGGGCGGGGAACCAGGGGGAAAGAGACACCAGGGGUUGGGGAAGUGUUAGGAAAGGAGAGUUAGCGUAGGAGGGAGGGAGACGGGCUGUCGGAGCAGCACACGGAGGGAUAAAGAAAGGGGAGUGAGAACCGAGAGGGAGACCGAAAGGGAAGGAUAGUGGGAGACAGAGGGAGACGGAGGAGACUUACAAGAAAGAGAAGAGAGGAGAGGAGAGACAGGGAGGAGGAGAAGGAGAGGAGGACUGGAGAGUGACUGUGGAGGAUGGUGUUUCUCUAUUCCAGAUACUUCUAAGAUUGGAGACCCUUUUGGUAGUGGGGAGACUCCGGGUCUGGCAGCCAGUUAGGCAGCGGCAAAGUAAAAUGUACAGCGAGAGACAGACGUUCUGGCCACCUCUCCGCGUCUCAGAGAUCCCGGAGCUGUUCUCCGGCCAAUUCGUCUCUAAGCUGGAGUCUCUGAGCGCGCUGGACUACGAGAGCCCAGGGAGCGACUAGAAGCUCGCUGCCCCGCGGAGAUGCCUUCGCCUGAGCAGUAAGAACUUCCUGCUUGAGUCCCUGCAUCCGCUCCCUCCUGAAACUCCCCAGGACAGAGGGGAGGAAGACCCCAGGGGGAGGGGGGAGGGGGAUCCUGGCGCAGCUCUUUCUCCCCUCCCCUCCCCCGCCCGGCACGCAGGCAUGGAUCUGCUCAGCUUUGGACAGGGCAACAACACCACGUCGCCCCAGGGUCCCUUCGGGAUACGCGGCAACGCUACUGACAUCUCCGACGUGACCUUCAGCUACCAAGUGAUCACUUCUCUCCUGCUGGGCACGCUCAUCUUCUGCGCGGUGCUGGGCAAUGCGUGCGUGGUGGCCGCCAUUGCCCUGGAGCGCUCCCUGCAGAACGUGGCGAAUUAUCUCAUAGGCUCACUGGCCGUCACCGACCUCAUGGUGUCGGUGCUGGUGCUGCCCAUGGCCGCGUUAUACCAGGUGCUCAACAAGUGGACUCUGGGACAGGUCACCUGUGACCUGUUCAUCGCCCUCGACGUGCUGUGUUGCACCUCGUCCAUUCUGCACCUGUGCGCCAUCGCGCUGGACAGGUACUGGGCCAUCACGGACCCCAUCGACUACGUGAACAAGAGGACGCCCCGGCGCGCCGCUGCGCUCAUCUCGCUCACUUGGCUCAUUGGCUUCCUCAUCUCCAUUCCACCCAUGCUGGGCUGGCGCACCCCUGAAGACCGCUCGGACCCGGACGCAUGCACCAUCAGCAAGGACCAUGGUUACACUAUUUACUCCACCUUUGGCGCCUUCUACAUCCCUCUGCUGCUCAUGCUGGUUCUCUACGGGCGCAUUUUCCGAGCCGCGCGCUUCCGCAUCCGCAAGACAGUCAAGAAGGUGGAGAAGAAAGGAGCCAACACCCGCCUUGGGGCGUCACGGACCCCGCAGCCCAAGAAGAGUGUAAAUGGCGAGCAGGGGAACAGAGACUGGAGGCAGGGCAUAGAGAACAAGGCAGCAGGGCCUCUGUGCGCCAACGGCGCCGUGAGGCAGGGCGAAGACGGCGCCGCUCUGGAGGUGAUCGAAGUGCACCGGGUGGGCAACUCCAAAGAGCACCUGCCGCUGCCCAGCGAGGCGGGUACUGUCCCCUGCGUCCCCGCCUCCUUCGAGAAGAAAAAUGAGCGCAACGCAGAGGCCAAGCGCAAGAUGGCCCUGGCCCGCGAGAGGAAGACGGUGAAGACGCUGGGCAUUAUUAUGGGCACCUUCAUCCUCUGCUGGUUGCCCUUCUUCAUCGUGGCCCUAGUUCUGCCCUUCUGCGAGAGCAGGUGCCACAUGCCCACCCUGUUGGGCGCCAUAAUCAACUGGCUGGGCUACUCCAACUCUCUCCUCAACCCGGUCAUUUACGCCUACUUCAAUAAGGACUUCCAAAACGCGUUUAAGAAGAUCAUCAAGUGCAAGUUCUGCCGCCGAUGAUGACGGAGUAGCUGGCUAGUAGGCCCACCCCAACCAGUCUGCCUCCUCCAGCCCUCUGCAAUCAAAACCUUUGCUAGCUUUCCUCUGACUUUCUCAGCUGCUUGGCCCGCUGCUUCCAGACCUCGUCCCCCCCGCCCCCGCCCCGCCCCCAGCCCUCAAUCCCCUGCGCGGAAGGAGGGCGCACUGUGCGAAGAGGUUCCAGAGGCGGGGCAAGAGAGUCUGGGAAACUACCCGGAUCUGUGACGUGCGUCUGAGGCUCAAACUUUGGCCUCAGAAUCAGUUUUGAUCCCAGCAAUUGCCUCUUCCCUCUUCUGCCCCUUAAAUCUUCACGGCUGAAGUUUAAGCCUCAGCGGUCCACGGCAAAAAAAAAAAAAAAUUUCACACAGGCCCUGCGCCCACUAAAGGCUCCCACCUGAUCACUUCACUGCUAGGACUCGGACUUACUGUUCAGAGUGCUGAGCUCCAUCCCCCAACAACCCCACCCCCGCCACGCCCUCUGGCCCUAGAAAUGUUUAGUUUGUUUUUUUUGUGGGGUUUUUUUUUUUUCGGUCUCAUUCCUUCUUUCCUUUCCUAUCUUCCCUUUUUUGCCCUCUCCAGUCCCUAAGCAGUAGUUCGCUAGUCGGGAAAGGUGGGAGGGUCGGCUUCAGUGUCCCCGGGAAUCCCCGCCUUCAGGUGCAGCCUCGCAGAGUAGCUCCGCCGCGCACAAACCCAGGCUUUGUUUGCUUGGAUUCAAGACAAGUGGCCAGAAGUUGUCUCUUAAAGUGAACUUCUAAGUGUAAGGCUGGGCCAGUGGGAGAGAGCGAGGAGACAGUGCAGAACGAAUUUAUCCGUUCUUGCCUUGGUGUCAGCACUCACCAAAGAAACUGACAGUUACUGGGAAGGGAGAGCAGACUUGUAUUAACUGGUUGCUGGCGAAGUCUGUGCGUGUUGGCAUCGCCACUUACCUACUGUGGGAGGCGCCCGCCGGCCACACAGCGCGCGCUGGAGGCGCCUAGCUGCCAGGAGUCCGCGCGUCUGCCCAGCUCUCUCAGUUCUGGCGUGCGCUGCGCGCGCGCAGCGAGAACUAUUGCGGAGCUGCUGGAUCCCUCCGCCUACGCCCAGGACCCGCUGAAGAGGAGGUAAACAACAGUUCCGGUUUGCGGAAGCUGGCGGCGUUAGGUUCCGCGGAGUUCUCGGGCCCCGAAAGACCAGCAGGACGCAAGGCGUGGCGUUGUCCAGGUGGCUCUAGCUGGCACACCCCUUGGAACCUGAAAUGACAGUAUUAUCCAAAGGAUGCGGACUCUUUCCUCUUAAUUCACCCUCUAAUUCCAAUAGGGAGAUAGUUCUGCUUAGCACGUCCUAGCACCACACAGGAUUUGUUCUACUGGACGUCCAGGACACUUAGUUACCAGGACCUUUGUUUCCAAAUGGGAAUUCUGGGCUUUCAGUAGAAUGCGCCCCUAUAGGUUAAGCACUAUCCGUGACCUCAGAGGCGCUUAACUUAAAUAAUGAGCCCCUAAAGGACUAGUUAGGUGUACUCUCUCUCUGGAGUCCCUGAGAAUCAAUCAUGUACAUUUGCUGCUUGGCUUGACUGUCCUGCACCACAGAUUUGCCAGAAACCGGCCUCUUGCCAUUUGAAUAUCGUGGAGCACUCCAAGCUUUCUUCCUCUCAAAAGUUAUCCUUUCAGCCUUGCCACUCCCGCUGAAAAACAGGUUAUAAUCCUUACUGCCCCCCCGAACGGAAGUUUUUCGGUGCUGUAUUUGAAUGUAAAUUUUAUCCACGUGACCGUGACCGUGACCGGGAUCAAGAGGUUUGUUAAAGUUAGAUCUAGCCUCUAAUUUUCUGAUGAAUAACUGUUUCGUUCUGCGGUAAUUGCACGAAUUUAUAAUUCUUACUCCCCUCUCCCUUCCUGUGUACAUUUAGAAUGAUUGCGUCUGCUGUUUUGAGAACCAUGUUGCAAAUGUUGCCAAUGAAAAGUUCACUUGUGCUAAAAUUAGGAAGGUGAAAAGACAGCUGUAUCACUUGUAGUCACUUUAUUGUUUUUGUCAAGCGGAACAAAGCCUCUAUUUUUUUUUUCAGACCUAAACUGAGAGUAAGCAUCAUAUCCCGUUAAAACAGAAAAAGUCUAAGAACUCUGGGAACUCAGUGGAUGGUUUGUCUAUGCGUAUGUAAUACUGAUAAGGGGCUAAUGGUAGA